UGUAUCUCAAUCAUUACUCUAAAAAAAUAUCAUCUGGCGACUUUUCUGUUGUAAAUUUGUGACGACUGAUUUAUGAUUUAUAGCCUCUUUGCAAACAGUGUCACAUACGACGCCAAUUCCUUCAUCAUCAAUGGAAAACGACAGCUCAUUUUCUCCGGCUCAAUCCACUAUCCCAGAAGCACUCAGCAGAUGUGGCCGGACUUGAUUCGAAAGGCCAAAGAUGGUGGCCUCAACGCCAUUGAAACUUACAUCUUCUGGGAUCACCACGAGCCCUUCCGCCGUCAGUACGACUUCUCCGGCAACCUGGACUUCGUUAAGUUCUUCAAGCUGGUUCAAGAAGCAGGCAUGUACGGCGUGUUGAGAAUUGGCCCUUAUGUCUGCGCCGAGUGGAGCUACGGUGGUUUUCCGAUGUGGCUCAAGAACACGCCCGGAAUAGAACUCAGAACCAAUAACGAGAUUUACAAGAAUGAAAUGCAAACCUUCGUUACCAAAAUUAUCGACAUGGCCAAAGAAGCCAACCUCUUUGCCUCUCAGGGAGGUCCAAUUAUCAUAGCCCAGAUCGAGAAUGAGUACGGUAACGUAAUGGAGCCUUACGGCGAGGCAGGGAAAGCAUACAUAAACUGGUGCGCUCAAAUGGCAGUGGCUCAAAACACCGGCGUUCCAUGGAUGAUGUGCCAACAGAGCGAUGCGCCUCAGCCUAUGAUCAACACCUGCAAUGGCUACUACUGUGAAUGGUUCACUCCAAACAGUCCCAACAGUCCUAAAAUGUUCACCGAGAACUGGAUCGGCUGGUUCAAGAAAUGGGGUGAGAGAGACCCACACAGGACCGCCGAAGACGUGGCAUUUGCGGUGGCAAGGUUCUUCCAGCGUGGUGGAGCCUUCAACAACUACUACAUGUAUCACGGUGGGACCAACUUCGGGAGGUCCGCCGGUGGGCCCUACAUCGCCACCACCUACGACUACGACGCGCCGCUUGACGAGUAUGGGAAUUUGAACCAGCCUAAGUGGGGACAUCUCAAACAACUCCAUGAAGCUCUUAAGCUCGGUGAGAACGUUCUUACCGCCGGAAACUGGACAGAUAAGGAAAUUGUGCCGGGAGUUAAUCUGACUACCCACAUCAAUGGUGGUGAGAGCUUUUGCCUCAUAAGCAACACAAACAAGGAAGGAGAACCCGUCAACGUUAAUCUCAACGGCGGCGUUUACUGGGUUCCGGCAUGGUCUGUCACUCUCCUCAGUGGCUGCAACAAGGAGAUUUACAACACCGCCAAGAUCAACGCUCAGACAUCUCUGUUCGUCAAGAAACAAAGCUUGUCUCACCACCAUAAACAUCACAAAAGUGCUCAACUCACUUGGCAUUGGGCACCUGAAGCCAUGAGAGACACACUUCAAGGCAAAGGAAGGUUCAGAGCUUCCCAGCUUCUCGAACAGAAACUAACGACGUCUGAUGUUAGUGACUACUUGUGGUACAUGACCGCCAUCGAAGUCAACCAAACUAAGAAGGUAUUUUUGAGGGUCAACACUACUGGCCAUGUUCUCCAUGCUUACGUGAAUAGGAGAUAUGUGGGUUCUCAAGUGGGCACGGCUAAUCAAGUCGGGUUCGCGUUUGAAUCUCCAGUUUAUUUGACUCGCGGUAAAAAUACCAUCACUCUGCUCAGCGCCACUGUUGGAUUAGCAAACUACGGUUCAUUCUACGAAAAUAAACCAACCGGAAUUGCGGGAGGACCGGUUCAGUUGAUAGGGAACGACAAUUCCACUGUUCUAAACGACUUGUCGUUCGAUACUUGGUCUUAUAGGGUUGGGCUAAAUGGAGAGUCGAAGAGGCUGUUUGAUCCAGCAACGCAUCACCAUCAUCCAUGGAGGACGACGGAGGCACCCAUCAACCGGCGCAUGACGUGGUACAAGGCGAGUUUCGAGACCCCUUCCGGCGAUGACCCCGUGGUGGUUGACUUGCUAGGCAUGGGCAAAGGACAUGCAUGGGUGAACGGCAAUAGCUUGGGCCGGUUCUGGCCUUCGGUUUUAGCCAACUCAAAUGGCUGCGGCGACUGUGACUACCGUGGUGAGUACAACCCUAAUAAAUGUGUAACCAACUGUGGUGAACCGUCGCAGCGGUGGUACCAUGUUCCGAGGUCGUUUAUGAACAGUGAUGGGAAUUCAAACACUUUGAUUCUGUUCGAAGAAAUGGGCGGGAAUCCUAAAGGAGUGUCUUUCAGCACAGUUGGUGUUGCAAUUGGUUGUGGUGAUGCCUAUGAGGGAAGCACACUUGAACUUUCUUGCCAUAAUGGUAAAAUCAUCUCCGGCAUUGACUUUGCUAGCUUUGGAGAACCAAUUGGGAAGUGUGGCUCUUUCGUUAAAGGGUUGUGUGACUCAAACAUCAGCGUUUCACAGGUGGAAAAGGCUUGUGUUGGGAAAGAAUCUUGCUCCAUUGAUGUCUCUGCAAACACAUUUGGAUCAGUUAAUUGUGGAAAUCUUACCAAGAGAUUAGCAGUACAAGCUUCUUGUGCUUGA